GAGGAGGCGUGGCUUCGAGCUUCACGCGCUUCAGUUUGGGACACAGAUACAGUGGUCUGUGUUUGUUUCCACUAGCUGCUCGUGAAACGGAAGUUUAACACAUUAGAAUCGUGAGUUGGUGAAGGACGAUGGCGUCUGUUAAAAAGCUGCUCUUGGACCAACUGAUGGAGCUGGCAGAAGAUGAACUGAAGAAAUUUCAUUGGCAUUUAGUGAAUUUUUAUCAAAAGUGCAUAUCAAAGUCUGAAUUGAAAAAUGCAGAUAGACUUGACACAGUAGAUAAGAUGGUGAUGUGUUUUGGACCAGAUGAAGCUGUGAAGGUCAUGGUAGACGUCCUGAGAAAGAUAAACCAAAAUGAUCUGGCUGAACAGUUGCAGAAUGAACACAAGCAAGCUCAGACUGAGGACAAUAUGAAGACAUCUGUCCCUGUUAGAGAGCUGCAAAAUGUCUUGAAAACUCACAAAAACAACAUGAAGAUGAAGGCAAAAUACAUUUUUGAGGGCAACAAAGAAACUGACACAGAUCUGAAAGCUGUUUACACAGAUCUGUUCAUCACAGAGGGAGAUAUGAAAGAUGUAAAUCAGGAACAUGAGAUUCUGAAGAUUGAUGAUGCUUUCAAGAACAAAAAAACACAGGACAAACCAAUCAAAUGCAAUGAUAUAUUUACUGAACUAAGGAAAAACAAUGAGUUAAAGAUUGUGUUGACCAAAGGAGUCGCUGGCAUUGGAAAAACUGUGUCUGUGCACAAGUUCAUCCUGGACUGGGCCGAAGGAGAAUCUAAUCAGGAUAUAGACUGUGUGUUCCUGCUUCCAUUCAGAGAGAUCAAUGUGAUUAAAGAGAGAGAGGUCAGUCUCCAUGAGUUUCUGCUGAAAUUUAAUCCUGAAUUGAUGUACCUAGAGAAAUCAAAGUUAUAUACAGAAUAUAAACUUGUGUUUAUAUUUGAUGGACUUGAUGAGAGUCGACUGCCUUUGAUUUUUGAAAGUGAUGCAUUGAACACUGUUGAGGAAAGAUCAUCUGUAGAUGUGCUCUUUACAAGUCUGGUCAAAGGUAAACUGCUUCCAUCAGCUCUUGUCUGGGUCACAUCACGACCAGCAGCAGCCAAUCAGAUCCCUCCUCAGUAUGUAGGAUUGUUCACAGAAGUGCAAGGAUUCACUGACCUACAAAAGGAGGAGUACUUCAGAAAGAAAUUCACAGAUGAGAGUCUGUCCUCCAGAAUCAUCUCACACAUUAAGACGUCUCGUAGUCUCUACAUCAUGUGCCACAUUCCUGUGUUCUGCUGGAUCACAGCCACAGUACUUCAGGAUAUUCUCACUGAGAACAAUGAAGAGAACAUCAGCACAACACUCACUGAAAUGUACAUUCACUUCCUGAGGAUACAGAUGAACAUGAAGUGUCAGAAAUAUGGCAAACAACAAGAAGGAGAAUGUUCAGAGCACUUACUUUUAAAUAGAAAGAUGAUUCUGAAGUUAGCCAAGCUAGCGUUUGAACAGCUGAAGCAGGAAAACAUUGUGUUCUAUGAGAAAGAUCUGAAAGCAUGUGGUAUUGAUGUGAGUAAAGAUGCUGAGUUCACAGGAAUGAUCGCUCAGAUCUUUAAGAAGGAAGUUGGACUUUAUAAGACAAAGGUCUUCUGCUUUGUGCAUCUGAGCCUUCAAGAGUUCCUCGCUGCAGUGCAUGUGUUCAUCUGUUACCUGAAAAAAAACAAGCAAGAGCUGAAGUUUUUCUUUGAUGAUUCACAAACUACAGUCAUACAAAAUCUUACAUUUCCUUUUAGAAAGGUCAAAUGGCAUGACUUAACAGAGAGAGCCAUUGAAAAAGCAAUGCAGAGUAAGAGAGGGCAUCUGGACCUGUUCCUGCGGUUUCUGAUGGGAAUUUCACUGGAAUCCAGUCAAAAUCUGCUCAAAGGCCUGCUCACACACACUGAAGACACCACAGAGAGCAUCAGAAAUCUAAGUGCACAUAUUAAAGAAUUACAACAACAGGACAUCUCAGAUGAAACUUCAGUCAACCUGUUCUACUGCUUACUUGAGCUCAAGGAUAAUUCAUUAUAUGAGGAAAUCCAGAGUUACCUCAGUUCAAAUGAACAUCCAGGAAGAGAUCUCUCAUCUUCAAUGUGCACAGUGUUGACCUACAUACUACUGAUGUCAGAGAAGGUGCUAGAUGAGUUCAACCCAAAGAGGUUCACAUCAAAACUAGCAGACUACAAGAGACUCAUUCCAGCUGUGAGAUGCUGCAGAAAAGCUCUAUUCGAAAGCUGUGGUUUUGAUGAAACAUGCUGUGAAACUCUGUCCUCUGCUCUACAAUCAUCAAACCAUCUGACAGAGCUGAACCUGAGGACCAAUCAUCUGCAGGAUUCAGGAGUGAAGCUGCUUUCUGAUGGACUGAAGAGUUCACACUGUCGUUUAAACAUACUGAGGCUGUGUGGGUGUCAUCUCACUGCUCUGUCCUCUAUAAGUUUAUCUUCAACUUUACAAUCAUCAAACUCUGUCCUGAAAGAGCUGGACCUGAGUAACAAUGAUCUGCAGGAUUCAGGAGUGAAGCGUCUUUCUGAUGGACUCAAUAGUCCAGUCUCUAAACUGGAGAUACUAAGAUUUUCCACAUGUAAUCUCACUGCACAGUCUUGUGGGAGUUUGUCUUCAGUUUUACAAUCCUCAAACUCUGUCCUGAAAGAGCUGGACCUGAGUAACAAUGACCUGCAGGAUUCAGGAGUGAAGCUUCUUUUGGAUGGACUGAAGAGUCCAAACUCUAAGCUGGAGAUACUGAGAUUUUCCACAUGUAAUCUCACUGCACAGUCUUGUGGGAGUUUGUCUUCAGUUUUACAAUCCUCAAACUCUGUUCUGAAAGAGCUGGACCUGAGUAACAAUGAUUUGCAGGAUUCAGGAGUGAAGCUUCUUUCUGAUGGACUCAAUAGUCCAAUUUCUAAACUGGAGAUACUAAGAUUUUCCACAUGUAAUAUCACUGCACAGUCUUGUGGGAGUUUGUCUUCAGUUUUACAAUCCUCAAACUCUGUCCUGAAAGAGCUGGACCUGAGUAACAAUGAUCUGCAGGAUUCAGGAGUGAAGCUUCUUUCUGAAGGACUGAAGAGUCCAAACUCUAGACUGAAGAUACUGAGGUUGUCUGGCUGCAUGGUGACAGAGAAAGGCUGUGGUUAUGUGUCUUCAGCUCUGACUUCAAACCCCUCACACCUGAGAGAGCUGGAUCUGAGCUACAAUCAUCCUGGAGAUUCAGGAGUGAAGCUGCUCUCUGAAAAACUGGAGGAUCCAAACUGCGCACUGGACAAACUCAGCGUGGAUCAUGGAGGACAGUCUAGGAUUACAGUAGGACUACAAAAAUAUGCCUGUGCUCUCACACUGGAUCCAAACACAGCUCACAUUCAUCUCAUUCUGUCUGAGGACAACAGAAAGGUGAUACACGUGGAAGAGGAUCAGUCAUAUGCUGAUCAUCCAGAGAGAUUCAUAGAUAAUCCUCAGGUGUUGUGUAGAGAGAGUCUGCCUGAACGCUGUUAUUUGGAGGCUGAAUGGACUGGAACUGCUGCUGUAUGCGUAUCAUAUAAAGGCAUCGGCAGGAAAGGAGGGACUGAUUGUGUGUUUGGAGCCAGUGAAAACACCUGGUGUCUGAUCUGCUAUGAGGACAGUUUCAGCGUCCGUUGUAAUGAUAGGUUCACUGAGAUACCUUUCCCUUCAGGUCACUCUAACAGAAUUGGAGUGUAUGUGAACAUGUCUGCUGGAACCGUGUCUUUCUACGUUAUCUCUGACACACACACGCUCAAACACUUACACACAUACAACACCACUUUCACUGAGUCUCUCUGUGCUGGAUUUGGCUUUAUGGGUUAUAUUUUCGACUCAUCAGCAUGCCUGUGUCUGAUUGAUAAACCUCUGAACAACAACUAAGAGGCCAAGAGGACAACAACUAUCUUCAUUGCUGGGAUCUAUCAUACAAGUACAUAUUUUGUCCACAAGUGUAAGUCUGUUUAUCUUUAUACCAUAUAUCAUAUAUAUUUUGAGGUGAUUUUGUUGAACAACAUUUAUAAAUAAAUUAUGAUAAUAUAUUAAUGAUUGAGUGAAAUAGCAAAAACAAAAAGUCACAACUGUGUUUGUUGGGUAGUUGGUGUCUGUGAUUGUGCAGUAAAUGACAUUUAUUUAUAUAUUACUAAAAAGAGAGAUAAUCUGCAUUGUUAAAGUGCUAUUUAAAUAAAGAUAUGCACUGUUAA